AUAUUCAUGCAUCUUUUAUAAUUUGUGUGUAAAAAAAAUCUAUUUCUUUCACAUUGUGUGGUGACUACCUGUAAUUAAUUAAAAAAAAAAAAAAAACUAAACCCCAAAACUGAGUUAUACGAUAAUUAAAGACUUUAAAAAAAACUCCUAACUGCAAUAAUCCUGCCGAAACCUCGACCUGCUAAUCAUCACCCACCCCCUCAGCUGGCAGGCUGAAUGGCGGCCCCUGGUUGGCUGAGGAGAGCUCAUUGUUAGCCUGUCAAUCUAAAUCACUGGGAGAGCUGCUAUUAACAGCUGGGCUGGCGGGCAAGUUUACAGAGUGCGCUACAGAAACAGACAGGCUCGCACUGAGACCAGGAAAGGGUAGCAAGCGCACGCUUUGGCAGAACAAAAAUUAAUACUUGGUAUUUCAUCCGGUUGUUUCUUUACUACUACAUCUUCUUUUUUUUUUUUUUUUUUUGAGGAUAACUGUAAACUAAAAGCAGCAGAAUGUACAGCAUGAUGGAAACCGAGAUCAAAGGCACGCAUCCGCAGCCCAACACGGGCUCUGCCGCGGGAGGCAACAACGGCAAAAGCAACAGCGGCAACGCCAACGAUCAGGACCGGGUGAAGCGGCCCAUGAACGCCUUCAUGGUGUGGUCCAGGGGACAGCGGAGGAAAAUGGCUCAGGAAAACCCCAAAAUGCACAACUCUGAGAUCAGCAAGCGUCUGGGGGCAGACUGGAAACUGCUGACAGACGCAGAGAAGCGACCCUUCAUUGACGAGGCGAAGAGACUGCGAGCCAUGCACAUGAAGGAACACCCGGAUUAUAAAUACCGACCCCGCAGAAAGACCAAGACCCUGCUCAAGAAAGACAAGUACUCCUUACCCGGCGGGCUCAUGGCGCCUGGUGCCAACACUGUCAACGGCGCCGUCUCGGUGGGACAGAGGAUGGACAGCUAUGCCCACAUGAACGGCUGGACCAACAGCGCGUAUUCCCUGAUGCAAGAUCAGCUGGGUUAUUCUCAGCACCCGAGCAUGAACAGCCCCCAGAUCCAGCAGAUGCACCGGUACGAGAUGGCUGGGCUGCAGUACAACCCCAUGAUGUCCACCGCACAGACCUACAUGAAUGCGGCUUCCACGUACAGCAUGUCCCCGGCUUACACCCAGCAGACGACGAGCGGCAUGGGCUUGGGUUCGAUGGCGUCGGUGUGCAAGUCGGAGCCCAGCUCUCCUCCACCGGCAAUCACGUCCCAUUCCCAAAGAGCGUGCCUGGGAGACUUGAGGGAUAUGAUUAGCAUGUACCUCCCUCCGGGUGGAGACGGUUCAGACCAUGCCUCGCUCCAGGCCAGCAGGUUACACAGUGUGCACCAACACUACCAGAGCGCUGGGACUGGCGUGAACGGUACGCUCCCACUCACCCACAUUUAAAACAAACCAAGCCAAGAGACUUUAACUCCACAGUAGUUUGGAUACUGGAACACUUUUGUUCUCUGAACUGUGAAUCGGAGAAAUAUUAAACAAAAGAGUAAUGCAAUUUUUUUUAAGUGAAACUGUCGGUUUUUAAUGAAAUAUGUGGACUCCUAGAGCCCGGCAGAGUUUUGAAAGUUGUAUUGCAGAGAGGCUUUUUAUCACGAGCACUUGAGCAAUCGAGUUCUGCAGAAGAAGUGGACUUCCUUUUAAAAGAUGGCAAGGUUGUCUCCCCCCCCCCCCCUCUUUCUUUCACACAAAGAAAAGACUGCUCGAGAGAGGCGGAUUUGUUUUUGAUGUUUUAAAAUGUAAGAGACCUGGGAAAAAAAAUCAAGUAAAUGUUUACACUUAAUAUGUAGAUUGGUUUUGUCCAAAACUUUGUAGAAUUGUUUGUUUUUGUUUUUAAUGGAGUAUUUAGAUUGGAAUUGCUUUUGAAACUCUGUGCGGGUCGCAAGCGCAAGUUUGUAUUUAUAGUAAGGUGUGUGUGUAAUUUUUUUUU